GCAGCCCCUUAGGCAGCUUAGGCCUCCCCUGUGGAACGUCCCUGCAGGAGACCCCAGCCAGCCUGAGUGACGUGGAUCCUGAGAGCGCUCCCAGGUAGGCAAUUGCCCCCGUGGAACGCCUCGCCAGAGCAGCGCGUGGCAGGCCCCAGUGGAGGAUCAAAGCAGUGGCUGAAUGCCAGGAAGGAGCAGGCACUUGAAGUCUGGACAUCUGAAACUUGCACCUUUUCUGCUGCCAUGACAACCAUGCGAGGAAUGGAACAGGCCAUGCCAGGGGCCGGCCCUGGUGUGCCCCAGCUGGGAAACAUGGCUGUCGUACAUUCACAUAUGUGGAAAGGAUUGCAAGAGAAGUUCUUGAAGGGGGAACCCAAAGUCCUUGGGGUUGUGCAGAUUCUGAUUGCCCUGAUGAGCCUUAGCAUGGGAAUAACAACGAUGUGUAUUGCAUUUAGUGCUUAUGGACGUUACCCUGUUUCUGUGUAUAUCGGGUACACAAUUUGGGGGUCAGUGAUGUUUAUUAUUUCAGGAUCCCUGUCAAUUGCAGCAGGAAUUAGAACUACAAAAGGCCUGGUCCGAGGUAGCCUGGGAGUGAAUAUCACCAGCUCUGUACUGGCUGUAUCAGGGAUCUUAAUCAACAUAAUUAGCUUGGUGAUUUAUUCAUUUUAUCACCAUUACUGUAACUACGAUGGCAACUCAAAUAACUGUCACGGGACUGUGUCCAUCUUAAUGGGUAUGGAUGGCAUGGUGCUCGUCCUAAGUGUGCUGGAAUUCUGCAUUGCUGUGUCCCUCUCUGCCUUUGGAUGUAAAGCAGUCUGUUGUACCCCUGGUGGGGUUGUGUUAAUUCUGCCAUCAAAUUCUCACAUAGCAGAAGCAGCAUCUCCCUCACCACUUAAUGAGGUUUGAGGCCACCAAAAGAUCAACAGACAAAUGCUCCAGAAAUCUAUGCUGACUGUAACACAAGAACCUCACAUAAAAAAUUACCAGAAUCCAACUUCGAUACUGAGAGACAUAUUGAUAUCAUUAUUAUAUGUAAUCCAAUUAUGAACUGUGUGUAUAUAUAGAGAGAGAUAAUAAAUUCAAAAUUAUGUUCUCAUUUUUUCCCUGGAACUCAAUAACUCAUUUCACUGGCUCUUUGUCGAGAGUACUAGAUGUUAAAUUAAUAAAUAAUGCAUUUAAUGAGGCAA